AUGACGCGCGACAGGUGGGAGGAGAUGAAAUCCUCGCUACACUUCAACGACAACCUCAGCAUGCCACCAGCCGACAGCUCCCCGAAGGAUAGACUGUUCAAGAUUCGCCCCCUUCUCGAGAUGCUCCUCCCGAAAUUCGAGGAGAUUCCUCAGGAACAAUGCCUCUGUGUGGACGAACAGAUGGUUCCCUUCAAAGGGCACUGCAGCAUCAAGCAAUACCUCCCCAAGAAGCCUCGCAAGUGGGGUUACAAAAUAUUCAUGCUUUGUGACUCCAGGGGUGUUGUACAUUCUUUUGACGUGUACACUGGCCACAUCGAUCAAGUGCCGGGUUUUCCUGAGAUCGGGGCAAGUGGUAACAUCGUCAUAAAACUGGCUCAGUGCGUGCAGCCUCAACUGGGCCACCUUCUGUACUUUGACAAUUGGUUCACGUCUCUGAAGCUUCUCGUGACUUUGGCACAAAGAGGCACAUAUGCCCUUGGUACUGUGCGUGCAAAUCGACUGCAGGGUUGCAAAAUGGCCUCGGACACAGAACUCCGCAAGAGAGGACGAGGAAGUGCAGAAGAGUACGAGGCAGUGGUGGAUAACCAGAAGGUGAUCGUUGUCAAGUGGUACGACAACCGAUCGGUGACCACCGCAAGUACCUUUGCCGGUGCACAACCCGUCUCCACUGUCAUGAGCUUUUUUUUUCACUUUUUGGACAUGGUGAUCGUUGUGAUCUGGCUCCUCUACCGACGAGACUGUCAGUCACUCGGCGUUCCAAAGAAUAAGCAGAGAGACCUGCUGAAAUUCCGGCUUGGAAUUGCGGAAGCCCUCUGCAAACAAGAAAAGGACCUCUCCUCAAAGAAGCAGGGACGACCGUCCGGCUCUCUUCAAGCUCAACUCGAAAUGAAGAAGCGACGAGGACCCACGAGCCACAUCCCCAACGAGGACGUCCGCACGGACAGCACAGGACAUUGGCCGGUUGUCAAAGACACGAGACAGCGGUGCAAGAAACCUGGUUGCAAGGGACAUACCAACGAAAUGUGCAGCAAAUGCAACGCGCAUCUUUGCCUCAACAAGAACACCAACUGCUUCUUUGAUAUCCAUCAGCCAUAA